GUUUACGAUACUGUCCAGGAAGAAAUGAAAGAAAUAAAAAUGGAUCUGUGCCUAUGAGAGAAAUUGUGUGUAAUUAUUUUUUUUUAAUGAUUGCGUUUUUCCCCUUAUUUUCUGAACCUUUCUCGCGGGUCUGUCAAUUUGAAAAUAUGAUCAAUUUUUAUUUUAAUGCACAAUAUUAUUUUAUGUAAUUAUGGCUUUAUUCCACUUUACCGAAUACGAAAUUUCUUUUUCUCGGCUAGUGAGUCAGUUCAGUAACUUCAGUUACCUCAGUAAGUUAAGUGAGAAAGAGUUUCAGCACUCACCCACAAGUGACUGAUUUCAGUGAAAAGUUUGACAAUGAUGAACUCAAAACUAUCAAGUAGCCUGCUGUAGUCUACUCCAUAGUAAUUCUCAGGCUCCCUCAGCCAACGCCAACUAUCUUAUGAUUAUUUCAGAUUAUCAUUUAUGAAUUACUUACACUUACACUUACUGACUGUUGAUUUACUGAUGAUUCUUCUGAAUGUUAAGUUGAAUACUCAUUUCAUUUGCAUUUGAUUUGUUAUGCCGUACUCUUAAUAAGGAAGUACAGAUCCAUCCUAUUACCUAGGUCAUAAACCUAUACUAUAGUAGGCUAUAGCCUAUAUAAUAUAAUAUAUUAUAUUAUAUGUAACAUGUAUAACGGACUAUUAUUAAAUAUUAUUAUUAUUAGUUUUAUCAUUCAUAUAUAAUUAUAAUCCUUAUUUAAUAUUAAACACUGACUUACACUUUUGACUUUUGUAAAUAGACAGAAAAAUUAAAUUAAAAAUGCAAUUAAUAUAAAUAUACCAUUUAAUUUAAUUUAAUAAUGGCAAGUUGGUCGAAGUUGGGUUGUUGUAACUCAGAUUGUAACUGUAGUCUGAAAAUAUGAUAAGAUAGGUUAAAAUUCUUUGAUUGACCCAAGCAAUUUAUUUCAAACAUUUGAUUACAUUUAACAUGAGUUUUACUUGUGCAGACAGCCUCAUUUUAAUGAUGCAGUUUAUUAUUACUAUUUAAUUAUAAACACAUAGGCCAUAAGGUCUAGACCAGGGGUGGCUAACCCCAAUGGAGUCAAGGGAGGUUUCGAUCAUGAGUAAACUCAUUGAGUGCCCCAAGUUAUUAAACAUAUAAAAAAAAAUGAACACCAAACAUGUUUAUUUAUUUAUUAUUAAUGUAUAUAAUUAUCAGAUGAUAACACAUUUACAUGUACACUCAGUCAUAAAUAAAAACAAAAUUAUAUUCAUUAAUUUCAAAUGUGCAUUGAUAAUAAGAAUGAAAAAAAAAUUAAAUUGAAUGAAGAAAGAAGUUAAUUUGUGAUACAUCCGGCGAGCACACAAUUUUACAUGGAGAUGAAGCCUCGUCUAGAGCCUACAUUCAGGCCUAGGCACUUGGAUAAAAUUUUAAAAUUUAGUGAUUUGAGAAAUGAACACAUUUGUUUGACAGUCCUUGAGAAAUAAUUUAAUGAUAUGUUUUCAAUUUUUCUUGUAGCAUUUUCGGUUAAUUUUGUAUGAAUAAAAACUCAUUUUAUUUAACUAGGUCUAUAGAAAUUGGCCAAAUGUUUUACAGAGAUGGACAGAGAAUGUUUAUAUUAAAAAAAAAUAUUGAUAAAUAAUUAUAACUGAGAGGAUAAUUUUUGCUUAACGUGAAAAUGUUGAUGAUUGUGUUUCAUAUAGCUUCAAUUAAAAUUGAAUUAAUUCAAUUGAUUAAAUUCAAGUGAUUCUUAAAUUAAAAAGUAAUUAAAACCCAGUAAACAAAAUGAGUGCUCUGGUUAGUAAUCAUCUUUAUAGCUCAUUACAAUUAAAUAAUGGAACAGCUUUAAAUAAUGCCAAAUUUGUGGCUCUGCUAUUGCUUUGUUUUGAAAAUUAAAUUUACUAAAUUAUAGUUGAAUGCAGUAGUGUAAGAAGAGGUUGGGGGAGGGGGGGGAUGCGGUCCUUUGAGGCACUUUUUUCUUUGUAUGGAAGGGAGUCAUUUUUGGCCAGCUGCAGUGUUUUUUUGUGUGGAAAGGGUGGGGGCAAAAAUCGUAGCCCACCCCGGGUUACAGUAACCCUAGCUAUGCAGCUGGUUGAAGGCUUACUGAAGUGAAACUAUAUGCAGAUAAAGUAUAUAAAUUAUACAUUUUCCGUCAUUUGUGAUUGGUAUUUAUGAUAUUUUUUAAAAUUUUAAUAAUAUAUUUAAGUGUUUUUUUGCUAAGAUAAGAUGAAUAGUAAAUAUAACAUAAUUAUUAUUCAAAUAAUCCACCCAUAUUAAAUAUUUCAAUGCUGUAUUUUGAGAUGAUUUAAAUAAUUGCCCGACUAGUUUUAUAUACAUAAUCUUUACUUUUAUAAAGGUGUAGACUUCAAAGAAGACGAAUUAACAAAAAAGAAGGAUGGAAUGGACUCCAUAUUGUCACUAAUGGUGGAGAUGAUGUUUUGAGAUUGGAUGUAAGCUGGUAUUGGUAUUUAUUUUUAGUGUUUUGAAAACCUAUGAAUUCAGUUUACUGUAAACUUUUUAUUUUUUUUUACUUAUUGAAUUGUUCUUGAUUCAUCUUCAGUUUUGGUGAAGGAGAACAUAUUUGCAGUGCAGGUUCACUUGCCAAACCAUAAUCACGGAUUCAAAAAAUAAACGAGUUGAUCAGAAGAAGAUGACUAUGUCGAGGGGCAGCAUGCGACCUCCACCAGUUUGUGCUGAUUGCUCUGCUCCAGGUAAAACUUCCAACUCCUUGAUAUCAAACAUUGACUACAACGAAAACUACAUCACUUAAACAUUAUUAUCAUUUUGAAUGAUAAUAAUAUGUUUCUUUUUAAAUGUGUUAACAGAACCCACAUGGGCAUCAAUAAACAGAGGUGUGCUAAUUUGUGAUGAAUGUUGUAGUGUUCACCGCAGUUUGGGAAGGCACAUAUCACAAGUGAAGAAUCUGAAAAAGGGGCAAUGGUGUGCCAGUCAACAUACUGUAAGAAUUUUCGUUUCAUGAUGUAAAUCACAGUUGCUUACAUUAUUUCUUACGUAAAGUGUAUUUUUUAACUGAUAUAGUUCUACCAUAAAAUUUAAAUGAAAUACAUCUUUUUGUAUCAUAUUAAAUUUUAUUUUACUGAAAAUUUUCAAAUAUGGCACUUAAGAUUACAUUUGACUCUUUUCCUUGUUUGCAAUGUUUCUUUCUGUAAUGUACGUUUAACAGUUGUUUUGUAUAAGACAUAGAUCUAAAAUUAAUGAUCUUGUUGUGAAGUUACUUCUCCCCACUCCCCUUUCUUUGAACAGCAUUGUAGCAUGAUAAUAAAUUAUACAGCCCUGACUAAAAACCGGACAGAAAAUAAACUUUCAGCUUACUUCUAAGUCAGCACAUUGAUCACCUUCCCAUAUAAAUAUUCAAUUAUACCUAAUGACCAAAAUCCUGCUGAAAGCUGGAGAAGCUCAGAGUCCUAUUUAAUGUGAUUAUACCGUCUUUGUUGCUUCAGAUGAUUUUUUUAAUGUAAACCAACAUUUUUAUCUCUCAGAUGGUCUACAUUCUAGCAAGUAAUGGAGCUAACAAUAUAUGGGAACACACUAUGCUUGAUCCAGCACAGAACAAACAUGGACGGCGGAAACCUGCAGCGCGAGACCCACUUCAGUAAGUACCCGUUGAACUCGACUCAUUAAAUUAUGUGAAAAAGUUUUAAAAGUUUAAGGCUAAGUGACUGCGAAGUAUUGAUAAUUUUGCUAAAAAUAAUAAUAAAAAUAACUUAAUCAGCGUUUUUUUUUUUCAGUCCGAACAAAUCUGACUUCAUCAGAGCAAAGUAUCAGUUUCUGUCUUUUGUCAACAAACAUAAAGACAGUGAUGCUAGUUCACUAGAUGAUGUCAGUCGGGUAGGUGACAAUAAGUCUCUUUGAUCAUCUUAUUUUUUAAAAUUUUAAUUGAUUAGAAAAGAAAGUUUAUUUUUAUAAAGCAUAAGGCCCAGUUUUUGUUCUUAGUGUGAUAAUAAAUUUAAGACACUAAUUCAACUUUAAUAAGAAUUUCUUUUUCUUUCCUUUGUGGUUCCCAUAAAAUAUAUCAUUGCUGAACAUAGUCUUAUUUAACUGAAAAUGCUACUAUUUGCUUUAAUCUAGGAACUUCACUCAAGUGUCAGAACAAAUAAUGUGGAGACAUGUUUACGGCUCCUAUCAAAGGGAGCUGAUCCCAACUAUUUUUACAGAGUGAGUACUGCUCCAUAGUAUAGUAUAACCUUUUUGUGUCUGUUUUCACUGAAAUAUCACUUUAGGAAAUGGAAUCAGCGGGCCGUCGAGCUAAAGCUCCUUAUGCCCUCCCCAAAGCACCUCCCCUAAGCCCCGGUAUUGGACAGCACAUUGGAGAUGUCCCUUGGCCAGGACAGCCCCCACCCGAGUCCGCUUGAUCAGGUUCCGCUGGAGGCCACCCCAACCCAAGGUCACCCGGUCGGUCCAUCACUGUGCAUACACAGAGUGCACACGAUCGACUUUCCUAGGAGUCGGGAUGGUAAAUUAAUAUCUUCCCCCACCCAUCCUGGAGAAGCAUCGGGCGCCCUAAAAGAGGGUUUCUACAGAGGUUUUCCACCAUACUUAGAAUCAUCGGCCAGAGGCUUCCACCAUAGCCUCUUGCCUCAUAUCCAAUAAUGGCAACUUGUAAUCAUGAUCCCUACCCUGUCUCUGCCUUUACUUUGAAAUGCCACAGCUGGCAGCCCUGUAGGAGCCGUUUUAUUCUGGCAAGUACCAUGCAUGUCCUUGUCUGCCAAGCAGGACACACAUUGGUGGUCUUGUUCCCCGGGUAACACCGAGGGGGUAGGUGGCCGAUGCCUUCUAAUCGGCAAGCCACCACAGACUUGUCAACCGGAGCCCCGGGAAUGAUCUGUUGUCACUAAUGGCUUAGGCUGAUUAAAGUUGUCAGGACUACUGUCUCCUUGAUGUAAAAAAACCAAAUAACUGAAGAGGAAUGAAAUAAUGUAGGUACUGUUUGGUUCCUGCACUACUUUUAGGCUCAUGCAGUACUGUUAGGAUCACGCAUUACUGUUAUGAGCAGGCAUUACUGUUAGGGUCAUGCAGUACUUUUAGGCUCAUGCAGUACUGUUAGGCUCAUGCUGUACUGUUAAGCUCAUGCUGAACUGUUAGGCGCAGGCAAUACUGUUAGGCUCAUGCAGUACUGUUGGGAUCAUGCAGUACUGAGGAUUGAACCAGUUGUAUGUUUAAAGUUCCUAUAAUGCUAGAAGUGAACUUGUCAUUUUAUUUGUACACAACAGGAAAAAGGAAACAGUCCCAUUCAUGUGGCAGCUCAGGCAGGGCAAGCAUCACAAGUAGAGCUUUUAUGUGUCUAUGGAGCCGACCCAGGUGCAAAAGAUGCAAAUGGCAGAACUCCUUAUGAUUAUGCCAAGUAGGUUGAAUGUUUAUUGUUUAAAUUUGGUUCCUAGGAUCAAUGAAAACAGAACACUUUACCUACCCUAUGCUGAUAUAGGGGCUUUCAAAGAUGUUAGGUUUGGACCAAUUUGUGAUAUAUGGGCUUCUUAAAUUAACUUAAUAUAGUUCAGCCCAAACACCAACAAAUAUCAAUAGGUUAAAGUUAAAGGUGGGCUCAACACAUAAACCCCCCCCCCCCCAAUCACUUAAAAAUAGAUUUUAAUGAGCAUGAUUAAAUUUAUUAAAAACAUCUUAAAUUAACUUAAUAUAGUUCAGCCCAAACACCAACAAAUAUCAAUAGGUUAAAGUUAAAGGUGGGCUCAACACAUAAACCCCCCCCCCCAAUCACUUAAAAAUAGAUUUUAAUGAGCAUGAUUAAAUUUAUUAAAAACACUACUACAAAAUAUGAUUACAAUAAAUUAAUGUUAAUCUGGUCAUUUCAAAAUAUUUGUACAGAGAUGAACUUGACUCUAUUUAAAUAUAGAUUGGAGGGCUUUUCUGAUCUAGCUGAUAGAAUCUUAGAGCUACAAUAUGAACUCACUGACAGACUUACAUUUUACAUAUGUGGAAGAAAGCCAGGUUUGUUGAUCAAUUUGUUUGUUCAUUUUUUUUAAAAUUCUCUUAAUACAAAGUUCAAACCCACAUACUUUUCAAAACAAUAUCUCAUAAAUUGUUAGAUCUCUACUUUUAAUUCCAAUAAUUAAAAAACAUCAAUUUUAAUUUUUUUUUUUUUACCAGAUCACAGAACAGGUGUGCAUUUCAAAAUUCCUGAGCUUGGAGACAAGUAAGCAUAUCAAUUUAAUUAUUUGUAGACAUAAAUACCUACUUUAUCAAAUAAUGCUUUUGGCAGGGCAUAAACUUUUAUAUCAUUAUUUAUUAUGUCAGGAUUUUCUUCUUGCUUUGAUCAUAUAAUAUGAAUUGUGUCAAUAGUGCGCGCGCACCCCCCCCCCACCCCCAUGUUUUUUGUUCCCACGCUUUAAAUAUUUUCUUAAAUUUGAAUUAAUUUCUUCUCCCUCAGCAAUGCUGAUUUGUCUGAGUUGGCCAAGCAAGCCAAGAAGAAGCUUCAAGCAGUGAGAAAAUUGUCUUAAAUUUGGAGAAAAUUUUAUCGAACACAAAAAGUUAUUAAAAAAAGAAGUGAAAAAAAAAAACGUUAUUGCUAACUUUAAUUAAAUAUGAGAAAUCAGCUUAGCGCUUUCAAUACAUAAUUUUAUUAGACCAAAAGAAGUUUUUUCGACGGUAAAAUGAUCUACGGUAAUUUGAUGGAACAGAAUUUCAGUUGAAUCUUUUUUUCAGUUUUUACGUUAAAAUUUUGCUUCAAAUUUCUUUUUAAUGCAUUAUUUUGAUUUACUAAUACAGUAUAGUGCGUUCUAAAAGAAAUUUGACAAAAUUUUUAAAGUGUGAACUGAAAAAAGAUUUGACCAAAUUUCUUUCGAUCAAAUUUCCGGUAACCAAUUUUUGCUGUUGGUCAUUUUUUGAAACAUAAGGAUCUCAUGGGUGGUAUAAGGAGUAGUAAAAAUUUUCUUGGAGAGCUUUGGAGGUUGGGGGUGGGGUAAAUAUAUGCAUACAUCUUUAUGCAUACUGCUUAGGAAGAGUAAAAUUGUAUAUAUAGUCAUUAUAUUUAAAGUAUUUAAAUUAACUAUAAAAAGUACAGUAAACAGCAAGUAAAACACUUUUUUGCAUUGUUUAUUUUUUAAAGCUGCCAAACCACUUAUUUGAAGAACUGGCCAUGGAUGUAUAUGAUGAAGUAGAUAGAAGGGAAAACGAUGCAAGUGAGUCUCAUCUUUCAUAAUCUUGUAAACAAAGCAUAGUGGUGGUAGAGUUGUCUGUGAUAAAGAUAAGUUUUUAUUCUGUGUUGUUUUGUUUUAAAAUAUAAAUAAGUUCUUUCCAACUUUCUUUCUCACUCUAUUUCCUAAGAAAAAAAAACCCAGGUAAUGUUUUAUAAAGCUGUAUUUUGGUAGUGAAAAUUCCCUUACGGAAGUAUUUUUUUCUUUCAGUAUGGCUCUCCACACAUGAUCACACAUCAGUAUUGAGUGAAAGACUCACAGUUCCUCACCUUCCUGUCAAUCCAGAGCUCUCUACCACACGCAAUCAGGUAGGGAAUUAGAUUUUUGUGGGUGAUGUGUAUCGCCCUGGCAGAAUCGCCCUGGCAGAAUAAGCCAAGAGUCCAUAUUUCUUUAUUUCACAGGGAUAUGAACAUACAACUUUUUUUUUUUUUUCAUUUUUGAGGGCCCACGAUCCAAUUUAUGGAUCAUUUUGACUCCUGGUUUGAAUUCAGAAAUAGCCUUCUCUUAGAUGAGUUGCCUUCCGAGGCUAACAAGUCCCAUCCACCUGGGGUGCUUGGGAUUUUGGCUUUGCGGGGAUUGAACUCAAGACCACCACUAUUUGGAGUGAGUCAGUUUAGACCACUCGGCCACCCAGCACCCUUGUGCCGCCAACAAAAUUUGUUUAUGACACCUGUAAAAUCAUUUAAGAAGAUUGUGUUGUUAUUACAGUAGGCCAGGAAAGCUAGAAGACAGGUCAAAUGGCUAUUAAAAGUUGUUUUUUUAACUCUAUAAUUGCAAGAGAAUUUUAAAAAAUUGGUUUGAGAAUUUAGUAUCACUUAUAAAAAACAUGUAUUUGAUUUCUAAAUGUCCAAACAUUAGCUUAUUCAAAUUCAGCAUGUCAUGUAACACAUUUUGCUUUUAUUCGUCUUAAAUAGUGUUUGUAUGUGUUAAAAUUCAAGAGAAAACUUUUCAAUGCUUCUUGCCAGGGUCGUCAGAAGCUUGCCAGGUUCAAUGCCAGGGAGUUUGCUACGCUUGUUGUGGACAUUCUCUAUGAUGCUAGAAGAAGACAGACAGGAAUUAUAUCUCCAGUUCAAACUCUGAAAGACCCAGGUAGAUAAUGCUUUAAAUUGGAUACUAUAAAUUUAUUGCAUUUAAAUAUUAAAAAAAAAAUCAUAGUAGUUGUUAUGGAAAUAAAUGCAAAUUAGCUACAAAGGGCUUUUUGAUUUCUACUCAAAAGAUAGGAUGGGACAUAACUCCCAGAGAAUGAGUGCUAUCAGUGAUGAUGAGCCCUUGUAUGACAGUGUUGCCUCGGAUGAAGACUACAGCAGCAUUGACACCCAAAGUAUUAAAAGUGUUCGACAGGAAAUGAGGCCCGACAUUACUGCAGAGGUAAAAAGAAAUUCCUAUUAUUUGACAUUUUCAAAACUUUUCUUUCAAAGACACAAAUCAACCCUUUUUUGUUAUUUGUUUUAAUAAAAAUUGACAUUUGUUUUAAUAGCUUAAAAAUAUUUCAAUAAAAUGCUUUUUAUUUAUAAGUUACCCAACGUUUUUUUUAUAAAUGUCACAUAUUUUUAAUCUUUGGGAAAUUAUUUGUUGUUGUUAACCUUUUACAACAUCAUAGUGAGCUCAACUUUUUCCCAGAUUGUAGUUUUAAGAGAAAAGAAAAUUAACCAUUUAAGUGAAUAGCAAUAGUCACAGUGUUUUAAGACCUGUUAGGCAAUAUGUAACAUAAUCAUAACAUUUUUUAAUAAAUUAUAAAAGGAUUAUUUUUUUAAAAGCUGUUUGGAAAAAUAGAAUGUUUAAAAUACAAGUAAGACAAUAUAAUUAAUUUACUUCUUAUUUUCUAUUACUGAUAUGAAACACUUCUAAAAAGAAAGAAGAGUGGAACAUAUAUUUCAUUUAAAGUUUUAUCAAAACACACACAGUAAUAGAAAGGCUUAAUUUCCAUCUGUAGACAGGUUUGAAACAUUCACUGGCCUAUCUCAGGAUCUCCAAAUCUAACUAUUCAAUCAAAGUGAGGGCUUCAUUAGAAAUGAUGGUCUUCUUAUUCCCUUCUGGGUGGAACGAAGCUAUCUGUGCCACCUAAUUAUGGUGUUUUAAGCCACUUUCACUACUUAGGGAGAGCUUGUUUGCUUACAUUAUCAUUCAAAUGCACACAUAUUUCUGUUUGAUAAUGACUCUGUGCACAGAAUAUAACUAAAAUCAAGUACCCUAACCUAAUGCACCCUUCGUAGCUUUAUGAUUAUGUUAUCUUCCCCAGUGCAGUCAACUCAAAACAAUAGUUUGAUAUCACCUUAAUGCAGCCUUUUUCAUUCACAACUGGUAUGCUACCUCAUGUAGCUGCUAUAGCUACAUAAUGUCAGUCCAAUUCACUCCAGCAUAACUUCCAUGACAUACAACUCAUCCUUUUUUUAAUUUGCACUUAGUACACAACCUCAUGCAGAUGUAAUCUAAGCUCAUUUCACCCCAGCAUAACUUCCAUGACAUACAACAUAUACUUUAUUUCAUUUAUACCUAGUAUGCAACCUCAUGCAGAUGUAAUCUAAGACCAUUUCACCCAAGCAUAACUUCCAUGACAUACGACACAUACUUUAUUUCCUGUAUCUUAGCUCUGGACAUCUAACUUACAUAGAAACUGUUCUUCUGAGAUGCUCCUAAAAUUAUGUAAUUGAUGUAAAUGACAUAUCUGAAUGCCUAGCACAAAAUCAACUCAAUAUCACUUCAAUGCUGAUUUAUGAUAUCCCCAUGUAUUCAUAUUAGGGCCUUCUGAAAGGGAAGCGCUCUAACACACCCACUUCUAUGAUCUCUUUCACUGAGGUGAGAGGCUACACACAUGUGUAAUUGUGGUGAUGGUGGUGGUGGUGGUGUGUGCGCCCAAUAAAAUAAGAAGCAUUUCUCCUCAAUAGAUCCUCUUUUAAUUUGUCUGGAAAAAAGAGGAUUUUUAAAAAAAUAGUACUAACCCCAUAACCUUAUUUUAAAAUUUACUAUUCAAUCAUUUUUGGUUCAAAUGUUUUUAAAGAAACCAAUUUUCUAUUAAAAAAAUUAAAUGAUUUUGUUUUUGGUGUUACUUAUCUAACAAUCUAACCACAAAUUUUUCUAAUUAUUCCCCACAUGUGUAAUGCUGCAUUGUUGUCUGAGUGUCAUUUACAACUCACACAGACAAGAUAAAUCUAUAAAUGUGUUUAACAAAUCAAUGAAAAAUCUUUUGUAUUACAGAAUUAUUUGGUCAAACACUGUGCACUUGUAGCAAUAUACUUUGUACCAAAUGAUUUGGUUAUAUAUGAUUUGCAUGUGUAGUAAUACACUUUGCACAAAAUGAUUUAGUUAUACACUGUGCACUUGUAAUAAUAUAUUUUGUACCAAAUGAUUUGAUUAUACAUUGUGCAUGUGUAGUAAUACACUUUGCACCAAAUGAUUUGGUCAUACACUGUGCACUUGUAGUAUACUGGAAAGCUGGCUGUUUUUGUUAAUCAUAUUGCAGGGCUAAUCCAAUCGUUCAGCAAUAGUUUUAUAAAGUAAUUUUAUGGUUAUCUAUUGGUCCUGAUGUUAAUUAAAAAGGUAAUUGAUUUUAAUUUGUUUUCAAAACAUGGACAAGUUAAAUUUUUUUAAUGAAAUAUUUUUUCUUAAGUUUACAAAAUAAAUGUGUAAAAAUUUGGAAAAUUUCUAGAUUUCCAUCAGCCUCUGGACAUUGUAUUAAAUUGGUUGCUUUCUUCACUGUGUUGUAGUGAACACUGCAUGAUGACUGGGUAUUCUGGCACCAUUUUGACAUAACCAUAGCAUAAAUUGGUAUUUUAGAUUAGGUAACAUACAUCAUCAGUAUAUGUUAACAUUUAUCAGUUUUGAAUUAAAACCCAAGGAAAAUUUACUUUAUUUUGUUAAGAUUCUUAAUGUUAUUGUCUCUGAUUAAAUCUAGGAUGAACAGGUCAGGGCUCCAUAACAAUUUUUUUAGAAACCCUGACCUCAAUUUGAUACCUGAUGAUCACAUGAUCGGUAGUUCAGUCCAAUAAACUGAUCUGUGUUUUACUUUUAAAUUCAAAUCAACCAUUUCACAUAUUUGCUGAAUGUUGUGACUACUGGGCCAUAGUGUCAGGUUAGGGAUCUGUCAGAUGUAUAUGAUGUAUUGAUGAAUGUCCUUGUCCGUACAGAGCAUGUCAGAGCAGCCAGCAGAAGCUCCCGUGUCCUCAGAGGAAUAUCUGGAAGUGAGAAAAGCUUUGGCAGCCUCUGAGGCAACAAUUAAACACCUGGAACAGGUCAAGAAAGACCUGGAGAAGAAGGUCAGUCACAUAAAGAUAAAUGUAGCACCUAGAGAAGCAUAGCAGUUUCAAGUUAGGUACAAAAUAGUUAUUCUGUCAUUCAUAACAACCGACACUUAAUCCCAACGCUUUUCAAUGCAGCAUUUUUUUAAUAUGCCUCGUGCAAUUUUACUAUUGGUUUUCAUGUAAUUCGUAGUAGACAUCUUGAUAAGUCCACUUUCAAAGACGCAAGCAUUUUGAUUGUUUAUAAUUGCACUUAAAACUUGCUUUGCCAGGUGGACACACUGAUGCGUGAAAAUGCCAACUUGCGUGUGAUCAGCCAUGACUUCUCCUCUAUGGUCAAUGGACUGGAGUCUGGUGACCAGCUGGACAGUAACCAUUGCAAUAAUAACAACGGUGAUGCUGAUGAAACAGACUAUGAAAUUCCAAGGUCCCCCUCGCUGAGGUCAAGCGGUGUCCGUCCCACCUCGAUGAUAGAAAUGAGAGACCAAAACAGACAUGGGGUAAUUGCUGUCUUAGUAUUGAGUUAAUGAGGGAUCAAAUCAGACACGGGGUAAUUGCUGUCUUAGUAUUGAGUUAAUGAGGGACCAAAACAGACAUGGGGUAAUUGCUGUCUUAGUAUUGAGUUAAUGAGAGACCAAAACAUACAUGGGGUAAUUGCUGUCGUUAGUAUUGAGUCCUACAUUUUUUAAUGACAGCAAAUUUUACUUAGUGAGGUCAUAGUGACCUGUGGAUUUAACAAUAUUUUCUUUAUGCUGAUCAGUAAUAACAAACAUAAUUAUUUUUUAAAAUUGAAUUUGGGGAUUUUUUUGGGUGGAGGUUAGUUGUAAUGUAAUAUGGAAUUUAAAUAAUUAUUUAUAAUCAAUUUUAAUGAGAAAUUGAUAAUAAACCACCCCCAGAUUAUUUCUCCAAUAAUCAACACAACUCAUGAAAACUUGUAUAUAAACCAAGAAAAGUUAGAUUGAAAUAAUUAUAGCAAAAAUUACAACACAAGCUUCCAUGUUUUUUAAAUGUUUAAAUAAAUAAUUAAAUACUUAAUUUGGUUUCAUUCCUAGAAGACAGGGCCCAGUGCACCCAUGAUGUCAUCAACUUCUGUGACCAAUAUUGCCAUGGCAGGGACAGGACAUGUCAGUACUUACAUAGUUAUGCAUAACAUUAUUUAUAGUAGUCUGUUCAUUCAAACAUACAUGUUUAGUGUGGGAGAAGCUAUCAAGUCUUAUGUAGAGAUCAUUACAGUUAUAUAACACAUAUAGCAUAUACACACAUAGUUGCACUCAAAUAAGGUUAUAUAAUACACAUUCAGAGCAUAUAUACAUAUACAGCACCACUCACUAUGUUACAUAAGACAUAGAGCAAAUACAUUUAUUGCAACAAUGACUGACUGUGACCAACCCUCUUAGCACUGUGACUCUAUAUGCCAGCAUCUUUAACACAGGACCUCUGGGCACAUUGCCAACAUUGCAUCAUGGAUGAUGUGGCCCCAAGAGGUCACCUAUUUUUAGUUUUUGCCAAUCUACUUAAAAAGACCUUAUGAAGGGCUGCUCAUAUUGUUUAAUUGACUUUUGGAUUUCAAAUUCAAUCAAAUGAUUAAUUAAAAAACACUCAUAAAAUUAACUAAUGAACUAUCAAAUAAUUAAUUAAAGAAUUAUCAAAUCUUUUUGGAAGAGCAUGAACUCAUUAAAAGUGAACAUAAAUUAUGUUGACAGCAAAUGGACAUGUUUUGGUAUUUUGUUGGCCAUAGGGUAAGAGCAAAGGGCUAUCUGUGGCUGGCAGUUUCUCUGUAGAUGACCAGGUCAAUCCGACUUCUGGUGAUGGAUUUUAUGAUGUUCCCAAGUCUCAUCUCUCCACAGACAGGUCAGUAGGGGGGAGGGGGUUGUCAUUGAUGAUGGUAAAUAGGGAAGAGGGGGUUGUCAUAGACAUGUCAGUAAGGAGAGGGGGUUGUCAUAGACAGGUCAGUACAGUGGCGUAGCGAGGGUGUUUGGCGCCCGGGGACAAGAUCCAUUUUAAAGCGCCCCCUUUUCUUUUGUUCAACUCUCAAACCCAUCAUUUUAACCAAUACUAUAAUAUCAAAUCACAUUUUGGCGCCACUAACUAGCUUGCCCCCCCAUCGCUACGCCUCUGGGUCAGUAGGGAGAGGGGGUUAUGAUAGACAGGUCAGUAAGGAGAGGAGGUUGUCAUAGACAGGCCAGAAGGGAGAGGGGAUUUUCAUAGAUAGGUCAGAAGGGAACGGGUUAUCAUAGACAGGUCAUUAGGGAGAGGGGGUUGUCAUAGGUCAGUAGGGAAAGGGGGUUGUCAUAGACAGGUCAGUAUAGAGAGGGGGUUGUCAUAGACAGGUCAGUAGGGAAGAGGGGGUUGUCAUAGAUCAGUAGGGGAGAGGGGGUUGUCAUAGACAGGUCAGUAGGGGAGAGGGGGUUGUCAUAGACAGGUCAAUGGAGGAGAGGGGUUGUCAUAGACAGGUCAAUAGGGGAGAGGGGGUUGUCACAGUCAUCCUACAUCCUGUCACUUCCUCCCUGAACUGAGAUCUUCUAAUGUGUUUGGUUGCAGUGGUGCAAGUGAGGGUCAGGUCCAGGAGGUUUUGUCAUCUAUCAGGGAGUCAUCAGAGAGUGAGGGUCAAGGUUCAAACUCAUCCCUGGCAGCUGUGGGAGAUGAUCCAAACAUGCCAACUCAGCAGGAGGUAAUCUCAAUAACAAUAACGAUAACCCUAAUCGGAACAAUAAAAAUAACCUUGAAUCUGUGAGCAAAGAAGAAAAAUUACAAUGAACCUGGAUGAUCACUUCGUGCCAUUUCGUAAAUUGACUGUUCAAAUAUCAAAAUCAAUAAAAUAUCUACAUUUGGCUGGUCAGUCUACAGCGGCAUUGGCCAUUUUGCACUUUGGAAGGUCAUUUGGCGAACCGGCCAAUUUGUUCAUAACGUAUAAAUCAAUAAAGUUCCUGGUGCUAAAGUACUUCAGUAAAAAAAAUAUGAGAUUUUAAAAUGUACUGAUCCUUUGUUUUAUUGGUAACAUUAUUGACAUACUUGUCUCUGAGAUUCUGACAGGAACAGUUUUGUUGUAUAAGGUUUUUGAAAUAUUUCAAAUUGAAUUUUAUUAUGGACUUGUCACUGUUUAUUUAUAAAACCUCAUUAAUUUUUAAAUUUUAUUAUAGAAAAUAAUAAACAAAUUUCUUCAGAUAAUAAAUAAUAAUACACUUUCAAGUUUAAAUAGUUAUUUGAAGAGGAAAAAGACUAAUUUCCAGCUCUAUGCUUGUCUCUGAGAUUUUGACAGGAUUAUUAUAAAUAAUUUUUGAAAUGUAAAUUAAUUUUUAAAUUUUAUUAUAGAAAAUAAUAAUUUUGUUCCUUUAGUUAAUAAAUUAAAAUACACUUUCAAGUUUGAAUAAUUUUUUUUUUUUUAAAGAGAGGGGGGGGGGGGGGUUAAGGGAGGAGGAGAGAGAGACAGAGAGACUUAUUUCUGUUUUCAAUAACAGUGGUUGGUUGCCUCAAAGAUCAAACAAGAUAUCUUUCAAUUUCCUGUAUAAUAAUAUUUCAUUCAGUAUAUUGUAUUAUGAUUCCCUGUAUUAGCUUUGAAGAAAUAAGUGAAGCACUUAGAAUCCCAUCAAUGAAUUUUUACAGUGUAAUAAUAUAAGCCUCAACUGAGUUAUUCAUGGUUAAAUAUUCAUUCAAUAUGCCAUCAACAUAACAUGCAGCGAAGAUUCUCUAUGUGAAACAUAUUCAUCAUGUGAGUUGAAUUCAUAGUUAAAUAUUUUGUUUCUCAAUAAGGUGGUGAAAAAAACAGAAAAGGUGACCAAAAAAAUUCAAGAGCUUCUUCUGUCAGCCCAGGAAGGACAACACAGAAGGUGGGUGGCAUUUAAUGGAAAUAUUACAAGCAAAAAUGAUUAGUGUCAUAAAAUGCUUACUGUUUACAAACACCAGUCUUGAUAUUGUAAAGCUGACUGUUCUAUAUUAAGUAUGAAUCACAUUUUUACAACAUUUAAUAUUAUGUAAUUAAUAGUAAUUUGCUAGACGUUUUUGUUUCGUGGUGCCUGUUUUUAUUCGAGCACCUGGUAAAGCUAAUAAUCUAUAGUUAUGUUAAACUUGUCAGCCCAUUUUAAUUUUUGUGCCAAGUUGGCUGCUGUCUUUCGGGCAGGUUUUUUAUCCAGGGUUUUAUGGGUCCAUUAACUCCGGCUAUUUACCCAUAGCUGUGAAUAAUUCUAAUCCAUUACCUCAUAGAAAUUAUUAUUGCAUUAAGACAGUAUAAUAUAUUAUUGAAAAUUAAGUAUUAUCUAGUUAUCUAUUCUGAAAUCUGUGGUUCUCAAAUAAUUUUAAUAAGGGCCUAAUAUUAUUUGCAACAACUUAUACUCAAAAUUAAUUAUAUUACCAAUUUGGUUUGUAGCUGAGUUUAGUUUUCCAAGUGAGACGCAGAAAUGGUACUAUCAUAUCCCAGUAGAUCUGGUCUCUGUCUAACUUCCUACAAUCUAGACAAACCAUUUUUUCCAACAUUUAUCUCUGUUUGGUUGCAUGACAUGUCCAUUGUAAUCCAAUGUGUGACUUUUUGUUGUUGUUUCCAUCUUAUGGUUUCGUACAUAAACAUUAUGAUCGGAUAGAUCAAGGGUCGGCAACCAUGUAGUAACAUUGCACAAAAAGGAUUUCUAUGCCAUUCAGCGUACCAAAAUUCUACAAGUCUACCUCACAAGACGCAUUUUUAAAAACAUUUAAUAUAAUUCUUUGGUCUUCCGCGUGCCAUUGAAACUAGCUCCGUGUGCCCAGUCUGGCACACGUGGCAUAAGUUACCGAGUGUGCCCAGUCUGGCACCCGUGGCAUAAGUUGCCUAGUGUGCCCAGACUGGCACCCGUAACAUAAGUUGCCUACCCCUGUAAUAGAUUACUAUUAAAAGAUCAAGAGACAGCCCAGGCGAGUUAAUGGACUAUGUCCAAUUAUAACAACAUAAAUCUAUACAUUAUUUUAUGCUGGAUAAACUUUUUUUAAUGUACAAUUUGUUAUAUUUGAAUAAAGUUUUAAACAAAAUAAUUGGUUCCAUAAAAUCCAAAAAGGAUAAGAAUUAAACAUUUUAGAUUUCUAUUUAAGAAUUUAGAGAAUUUUUAUUUAGGGAAAUUAUAUUAAGAUAAAUUAUUUGAAAAAAAGAUCAUUAGUAAUAUAUUUUUAAUUUCAAUGUUUUAAAACAAAUUUUUACAAAAUAAUCUUCAAAAAAAAAAAAAAGACGCAAAUAGAAAAGUUGGCUUUGCUUUGCAUAUGUGCAAAAUUUGUGUGAUGUUUAUUAAGAUAAAUUAUUUGAAAAAAAGAUAAUUAGUAAUAUAUUUUUAAUUUCAAUGUUUUAAAACAAAUUUUUACAAAAUAAUCUUCAAAAAAAAAAAAGACGCAAAUAGAAAAGUUGGCUUUGCUUUGCAUAUGUGCAAAAUUUGUGUGAUGUUUGUGUUAUAGUAUACUGUUGUAUUUGUGUGAUGUCUUGUUGUCAUUUUCCCAGUGGUAAACUUCACAAUUAUUUUGUAUGUUGUAAUUUUUUUCUUCAGUUUUUUUGCCAUUCAAAUUUUUAAGUUUUGUAACUGCCAUAGUAUUAAAAAUAUCAAUGACAAUUUUUAAAUAUUUUUUUUUGGUGUGCCAUUUUUUUUAUUAUUUCAUGUGCAGCCUUGUCAUUAUACUGUAUCGCUUAUAUUUUUUCUUUCUGUGGCAUUUUUCAACUCUUUUCAGUUUUGAGUCCUGCUCGGAAAGGAUUUACUCAGCUGUCUCGGAAAUGGCCUCCCUGUUCCCAGAUGUAAGCAUGGCCUCAGCGGCUUGUGUCUCAUGUAAAGCUUCCUCAUUAUCAUCUCAUUGUUGUCAUCGUUGUUGUUCAGCUUCACUUUGUCACUGACCUUGAACAUCACGUCAUGUUCAGGCUGUGGGUUCAAAGGUCAUGUUCAGGAUGUGGGUUCAAAGGUCAUGUUCAGGAUGUGGGUUCAAAGGUCAUGUUCAGGUUGUGGGUUCAAAUGUCAUGUUCAGGUUGUGGGUUCAAAGGUCAUUGUGUAGGGGACAAGAAAAACUCUGGAAUUGAGAAUUGUAUCUUGAAACUGAUAAAACAUGUAGGGUUUUAACAAAAUGUGUGCAAAAUAAGGGAACACUUUUAGGGUAGUCAAUAAAUUUCAUUACAACGUUAGGAUACAGAAAAGAUACAUAUUUUUUUUUGUUGAAAUGUUAGUUUAAGAAUGAUUUGAAAGUAAUUAUAUGAGUGACUUUCCCCAUUGGGUAAAUAUUAUUUCAAGCAAGAAAAUAUUGAUCCAAUGAGUAUUCUUAAUGUUGUGCAAAUGGUUUUCUUUAUUGUGGUGAUAUUGAUUUGAGCUAAAUGAAAAUAUAUUUCAGCAGCUUUCAUACCAUUUUCUCGUUUGCAAAACUUUGAUGUAUUUUAGUACUGCUUCUUUCUUGUUUAGUUACUGUGUUUACUCAUAUUUUAUUUCAGGGGCAACAUUAAUAUCACUUGCAUUAUCUCCCCUUGGUUUGUGUGGUAGAUAAAGGUCACCCAUUAUUUGUGUCUCCUACCCACUGUGCCUGUGUCUCCUGCCCUGUUGCAUUUAUCUUCCUGUUAUCAUCUUUAAGUUUCAAAAUGCCAAACACAUUAUCAUCAAGACAUCAAUGACCAGAUCAGUAGAAAGCACACAAACAAGAGGAAAACAUUUUUGUGUGCUGUGCAUCAUUUUUGUGUUUUUUAACAUUUGAUCAACAGGAGACGGGAUCCGAGAGACUCCAAGAUGCAAGAGUAGUUCUGGUGCAGAGUGCAAUGAGACUUCGGGACGAGUGCAAGUCAUGGCCGCCAUCACCUGAGCAAGACCCGAACCCUGACUUUAGGCUGAAAACACAGCAAGUGAUACAAUAUGCAUAUGACAUUGCUAAGGCGGCCAAGAAGCUCGUCACUUUGUUUCAGUAGGGAAAAUGGCAGAAAUCCUUUUUGGAAGCAAGCACAAAGUCUGUGUGUGAUUGUGUAUGGUGGUAUGGAUGUGUGUGGUGGUGUGCAUGUGUGUGGUGGUAUACAUGUGUUAAUGUGGUUGCCUACAUAAGUGUCAGAAGUAUUGGAUUACUUCAUUUCAAGGGAUUUUGUUAAACAUCUGGCAGUUGAUUGAAUAAAUAUUAUUAUUGUCCUCUCUUCUUCCUGUGUUAACUACAUUAGUAAAACUUGAAAGACUGUAAAUAGCAAUGACUCUGAUUUAAUUGUAAACCUUUUAUUGCAACUAGCAAUGACUGCUAACUCGAAUUUUUUCAAGUCUAUUUCAAAUCUGUACUACACUUACAGUUGCCCCACAAUUAAGUCUCAAACAUAUUCAUUUGCGUGUUUUAAAAAAAAAUAUAUAUUAUUCAUAAUCUUUUUAUGAAUUUUAAAGAAUAUUUUAAGAACAAGUGGCUUUUAUUUUAUUCCAUUUUUGUUUUUGAAAUUUAUAAGAAAAAUCUGUAUCAUUAAAUUUUAGAUAUUCAGACCAAUCAUAUGAACUUUUUUCUAAACUUAUCAUGUCCCUAUUUCAGGUGUCUAUGUAUUAUUGUUAGAUACAGAUCCAUUUCUACAAUAGGAUGAUAUCAUUGUGAAAAAAUAGAUUAAUCCUUAUGACUUUUUGAUUUAAGUGAACAAACUAUCAAAGAUCAUUAUAGGCACGGAUAGACAAAAACCAACAAGACCUUGGGAGUCAAACAUAUUUGCUCAGGAGCCAGGAUAUUAUUGGUUAGUGGAUAAAAAAAAUGUUUUUGUUUAUUUUGAUUUUUUCUUUAGUUGAAGCAUUUUAAUUAAUACAUUUUUUAUUUUUUUGUCAACUAAUUGAUUAGCAUCACAAGAAAUUGUCUGUGCUAAUUCUCACUAAAUACUAAAAAAAAAAUGUCCAGUUUGAGAGUAAAAUGUUUGUUCAUUUGAAUAAUCCAAGGUUUAAUUUUAGCCACAGAUCCAUUUGGUUGCCAGUCCACACGCAGCCGGUUGUAUUGGAGCAAUUCAUGGAAUUGUCUUUUAUCAUUUGUAACAGUGAAGUAGCAAUCUCAACUACUGCAAUAAUCAUACACAUAAUGUUACCUUCUUUUCUUUGUUGUUGCAAUAUUUAUUUGGAUGUGAAUGUGUUGGCGUUGAAAAUUAUGACUCUAUUACUUCUUGAUGUAUACAUAUGACUAAGGUUAAUGAUAAAUGUUCUCAAGUAUGUAUGAAAAUUAUAUCAAUACAUAUGACCAAAAUAUCAUGCAUGUUCUGCUGUACAACUCUCAUAUAAAUCUCAUUUUUUGGUGUGUAUGUGAACCUUGUCAUGGUUGACUAAUGUCUAUCUCAACUAAAUCUUUGUUUAAAGUUUGAAAGACAUGUCAAAAAGGUAUUUAGACAAAUAUAGCUGAAACAUAACUGUAUGUUUAUUUUUUUUUAGCUGUAUUUCAAAAGGUUUGUAGCUGUCCCUCGAUAUGUUUUUAGCUGUAUAUUUACAGUAUACUGGCCUUGUUCAAAGACUUAUUUAUAUCAAGGUAUCCAAGUAUUAGAGUAACAUUCAAUUUUAAGUAUGCAAAUAUAUAUUACAUUAUAAGAGUGAAUGUACGUUUAAAGAUAAUUAUUUUAAUAGUGCUGUAUAUCUUCUUUUUUUUUUCAAAAAAUCUUAUGUCAACAUUAUUUGGCAACAAAAUGACCUCCAUAACUUACCCUUGAAUCAGGCUAAGAAGAAUCCAAAUUUGAAAAAGAAAUUAAAGUUAACAGAAAGUACCUCCAAAUUUCCAAAAUAAUUGAUGAUAUUGAUUUAUGUUAGCAUUCAGGAACAAAAUGGCUGGUAAUGACACUCCCCGCCGCCACCGCCCACUUUUGUGAGUGAAACUUGUUUCAAGAAUGUGUUGAGUGAACUUUUGUGACAAUGACUACAGGAGAGUUAAAUUGGUCUCUCUAUGUGUAGCAUGUUAUUUAAUGACUAGUAAUGCCGUCUGAAUGCAUACAUUUGACAAAUAUCUAUGAUCAAGUCAAUGAUACUGAAUGUGUAGAACUGUCAUAAGUCGUUGUCAUUGUGAGUAGUGUGGGAUCUAUGUUCGCAUGCCUUAUCACUUGCUGUUACACCCAUAUCUCAUUAUAAACUAUCAUAUCUGAUUGAAUAAUAUCUCCUGUGUCUUACCCAAUGUAACACUGUUGGUUUUUGUACAUGAUUUAUUUUGAAUGGCUUUUCAUGUCAUGUUGUUAAUACAGCCAUCACAAUUCGAAAAUGUUUGGGACCCACACAGUAAUGUACAAAAAUAUUUGCAUAUUUCAUAUGAAACAAAUCAAAUUCUGGUGUUAGUGCGAGUUUACAGCAGAAUAGAAAACAUAAACAAUUGUGGACCUUGCUUUGGGCGAGAAAUAAAAGCAUACAGGGACUAAACACUAGCACCAUCUAUGUCACAACAAGUGUGCCAUCUUUUGUCACUAUCUCUUUGUAAGUGUUCCUGAAUACUCUCCAGAUUUUUUAUAUUUUUUUUGGUCUGAAAAGUUCCUCUCUUUUAUUCUGGAAAGCUCUGGAUACCUAGGCAACACAGAAUGUAAACAAUGGGUUGCAGUGGAAUCUGGAACUGGGUAGUGUCUCUUAAAUAUCAAAUUGAUUUUUAUAAUAACUUUAAAAAUAUCACCGACAGCCUCAAUGCCCCAUAACUGAAAAGUGUUGCUCAGUAAAGAAAUUAUUAUAGAGUGAAUCAGUAUCAUAAAGAAAGUAGAAAUGUAAAAUUAAAAUCUUCUGGGUUUUAAUUAUAAUGAAGAAAAAGUUAUGUUGUGUCUCCUGGUCUCUGUGCUUAAAGCCUCACUUGCUUUUGUACACUUGAAAAAAAAAAAUUUCUGUUGUAUGUCAUACUGGUAAGUGGGCAGAAAUAAGUUUUAUUGAAGCUUGUUGCUGAGGAUGUCUUGGGCAGCUUUUAUAUUAGCUUAGAUUUAACUUGAGAAGAUUUGCAUUUUUUACCAUUAUUUUAACUCAAAGAUAUUAGAUUUUUAAGUCUAUUACAGCGUUAGGAAAACAUUAUGUUGAAACUGGUGAAAAAUACAUAUAAAAGCAGUUUUCUCAUAUUAAAUUAUAUAUAUAUAUAUAUAUGUCUUUGAGAACCUUCCCUUGUGUGUGCAUGCAUUUUAAUACUGUUUUGUACUGGCAUGUUUGUCUUGCAUGGUUGUUGCUGCUCAUUUUGUCUUUUUAUUUUCCCUCUUUAUCAAAAUUUGCAUGUGACCUAAUUAAUCAUGUUCUUUGAAAAACACACAAAAAAACGUUACAAAAAAGAAAUGUCUAGUCUCAAUAAAUUAA